AUGUUGUCAAAGCCGGGAUCCACAAUCCGAAAGCUUGUCUCCCCGAAGAAGACUCUGUUUGUCGAGAAAUACGAGGGCUCUUACUUUCAUCACGACGAUGAAGGCUACAGGUCGGUCUACAGAGAGCUUAAAAUGCGGUCAUGGGGUCUCCGAAGGAGUUCAAAGCCUGAUCUGGAUGUUCCGAAGAAAGAAGACCUUCAUAAGAUACUCACUUUUAUCCCACCCCUUCCCGACACUCCGCUCUCAUCAAGGUCUUCUUUGUCCAGCUGCGGCUAUAGCACAGACCACACCAGCCCUCAAUGUUCUUCCCAGCGUGUCGGAAGCCAAAGUCCUCAGAGGAGUCCACUUCUUUGUCCUGAACACCUGGAGCACCAGCCACAGCAAACCCGAGGGAGAAGCAAGCACUCCAGCACGUCGCCGAGGACGCCUCCCAGAACACCAAUCACACAAGAGGUACACCAAAUCAUCCUUCUACCGCCCUCACCUCCCCUGCAACAAGACGAGCCGAAGCAGGAUUAUUCGAUUCGUCGACCAAGUAUUACCUUGACUGGUCUGGGGAUCAACCAUCAAUCUAUAUCCACAGAGGAGAUUGCCGAAGGCUAUGCCGGCUCUCGAGAGCAACAACGUCUACCAAGCAAUGGAUAUUCAAACGACAUUCAGCAGCUCAUUCCGGAGAUGGAUAGGGAAUUUCAGCCACAACGGUCCCCGAUCGAAAUAAAGCUGCCGUUACCGGCGCUUGUAAUCCCGCCGACAACAUAUUACUCGGCAAAUCACACAAAGCCUUUGACGCCUGUACAUACUCCCUCCCAGUGGAACAAAGCGCGAAGAAGAAGUCAGGCAUCAUUGCAAUCCUUCAUACAGCCCUCCAAAAGGUCUUUCUUGCUCACAAGCCCGGCAAGGUUUGCCUCGGCCAGCCGGACAAAGAGAAAGAAGUCAAAGAAAUCCCAAAGGCGGCCGCGCAUAGCCAGCACACACGGGUCAAAAUGGGAACUACCAGACACUGCCCGGAAUUUAAUCGAGCGCUUCAACCCUAUCGAAGCGGACGAGGUGCUGCCGGAAAGCAUCCUGCAGGAAAUAAUGGACAGAGCUUGUCUAGCCCAUUCAGCGAUGAAUGAUGAAAUGAAGACAACUGGUCAAGAGGAUGAUCAACCAUCUCAGCAGCCCGUUACGCCUGUCGAACCGUUUCACCUCGCCGACUUGCCGACACGGAUCGACAAUGCCGGCGUGAGCUUGACUGUCACUUUGGCAACUCCUCCACUUGGGACGGCACGACCGUCUUUAUUUGGUCAGGCCGAGAUCACCAGAGAUGACUGCGCAACACCAAAGCAGCAGUUGCAAGAAGAUGGGCAGAAAGAGACCCGGCCGAGAGGCCCUCCCGUCGUCUUAGCAGAGGAUGGGAAGGAACACAGUCUACCCAUUAUGUUUCGCCUUGAAGAAGCAGAAGCCCAACAACCUCUUAAGCCCCCGAGUAUCGCACAUCUUACACUUUCCACCACCGGUCCCAUCAGGCCAGUACCGCGGCGCACUCCAUCCAGGCAACUACCUCCCCUUCCGACUAUUCCUGAGGGUAUCACCAGUUCGAUGUUGACACCUACAUCAGCCCCGUCACCUGGAUUUGGCUCCGAUGCCAGCAAUGACGAUUUUAUUCUUCUCAAAGGCACACAAUACACUCUGACGAUACCAUCCUUCCGUCACGGACCCAUCCGAAUACCCAAGCCCGAGCCUCCCAUCAACCAGCUCGCCGCGAAUGCCGAAGAUGGUCUUGACUGGGUAGCGUUCCAAAUUUCGAUAGGGAGCGGUAUCGGCGACUUUGACAGCGACCCCCUUGACUACUCACGGCCUUCGGAUGCUGAACUUAAUGAGCGCGACGACAUUAUCGCCUGGUUUUCCGAUUUCGGGUUCGAUGGGUAUGGUACGUUGAGGACCAUUCCGACCGUCGAAGAGCAGAUUGAGCGCAGGCUGGUCAGACAAGAAUAUCUCAGACAAGAACAUGCCCGCCUACAUACGCAUUCCACGAGUGUUGGUGGCUCCUUGAACAUGGGUCGACUAGGGAUUGCAGACAGCAACAGCAGCGGCAGAGGACCAACCUGGAACGAACUUCGCCGGAUUCAGCAUCUGCAAGCAUACGACUGGGACCGAAAACAAUCCCAUGAGCGCUCGGCAAGCGUCAACGAGUAUCUUCCUUCCCAAGCCCCUACGACUCACAUUGCUGCUCACCAGACGCAGCAACAACACUAUCUGCCCUGGAUAUCACGAGAGGCACCUUCAUCAGCCUGGCCUAUCGAACGUCAAUCUAGGGACCAUUCGGACAAACCUACCACCAACACCCCUUAUGGUCACGCCCACAGCCAGAGCUGGAGUUACUCGCCGUCACCUUUUCCAGCGCCAACAUCGCAUCCCACCGCUCGCCGGGACCAUAGCCGUGGUCGCAGUUCAAGCGAUACCGCCAACACCAACAACGACAACACCCCUGUUCCAACAUCAAUCAACCGCAAUCAAUCACCAAUACUGCGAACGUCUACGCCAACAAAGACUCCCACAUCCCGGUUCCAACAACAAGACACUCGAAGACCCGGGACGCCACAACAACAAUCCUCCCUUGGGCUAACAUCAUCUUCACUUUUUGGUUCAUCACCAACCAUCCAACGAUCCGAGUCUCCCUUUCUUCCCGGUUUUGCUUUCCAAUACGAGGAACAAACGGACCUUUCGUCGUCAAUAGUCCCGACCCAAACCCAACAACAACAAAAAGCACAACCGACAAAGCAAACAGCCAAGAAAAUUCCGCAAGCAAUCGACGCGGCCCGCGCCCGCACUUGGCGGCAGGGAGAGCAACAGGGACCGCGCCACCGCCGCAACGAGUCGCAAGAAAGUAUAAAGAGUCUACCGCAGAGCCCGGCGCUCAACAUGGUGGUGUCACGGGAUGUGAAUGGCCAGGAGUAUGUGAUUCCGAUGGGGUUCAAUUUAGAUCAUGACUUGGGAGAUUUCCUCAAGUGGGAGGCGGAGCAUGUCGCGUUUGGGAUUGAUUGA